AUGGCAGAACUGGUUAUUCUCCCACAAAAUGCUGACCACGAACCCACUCCGCAGGAUCGGAGGCGGUCCCGUUCACUUAAUACAAUAAUCGAGGAGGAGAACGAGGACAGAGUGUCGCCCAUUCGAUCACCAUUUCUGAGGAGGAAGAUUGCAAAGGACCAGACAGCAGACCAGGAAAGGCUUCAGGCAUGGUUGGCUCCUCUCGAUGCGAUAUCGAGUGAAGACUUGCCAACCCCGAGGGCAUUCCCUACCCCAAGGGGCUUCCACUUCAUGACCGCACCGACACUGCCAUCCUCGCCCUCGUCGGCUUCGGCCUCUGGAGAGGAGGGCAGCUCCCAGGGCUUCUCAUCCAGGCCCAACUCUUGGAACAGGCAGAGUGCUGUGACCGAUGUGACCGAGUUCGACGAUUUGUACGGUGUAUCUGACGACGAGAGUGAGCCUGAGAUCGAGUCGAUGAGGGCGCCAAAGAAAAGGAAGUCAAAAGCUUCUUUGGUACCCCUGAGAGCAACAUCCAAUGAAGUCAGGAAGGCACUGCCACAACUGGUUAUUCCAGGCGGACACCAGCUAAACAGCGUGAAGUGGUCGCCAAAGCGUCAAGAAUUGAAGAAGACGCUUACAUCGCCGAUCCCACCGACACCCCCAUCAGCCGUCGCCAUGUCUCCAGCAAUGUUGUCCUACAUGCAGGCUCAGCACGCUCAUCCAAUUCCGACCAUCUCAGCACCACCGUCGCUCGACGGCUCUUUAGAUGGAAGCCUCACGUCCGAACAGCUGGCGACCAUGUCGGCGCCUCCUACUCCAGUGAUGGGAAACGAGGAUUCUGAGGACAGUGGGGACUGGAACGGAAUCCAGCUUCAACCUGGCGCCUUAGCAACUCUGCAGGCCUUGUCUGCCCCUGAGGCAGAUGACGAAUACCGGCAUCAACACGAGCAAGCGAUCGAGGUCUCUAGGGAGCCAAUGGUAGAGUCUAGGCCAAACCGACCUCGUCUCAUCACCGGGAAUCUUCCGAGAGCAACGAUCAUGCUCUCGCCAGCUCAGCAGAGAUCCCUCACUGGUCUGACAAAGCUAGAUAUACCCUCACCUGGAGGUUUCUUCUCGGGUCUUUCGCCGCGCACUCGAACGACAUGGCACCUCGAAACCCCACCAGCAGACGAUGUUGCACCGCCAACAUCGACGACUGCUGAGCAAUUCUACAGGGUUCCUUGGAAUAUGGCGAUCGCUCCUCCGAUGCCGCCUCCACCCAGACUGGACCAAACUGCCCGACCACUCCGCAUAACCAGCGGCCACUUCUCGACCUCCCCUGUCGAGCAGGUCGUCGAGGUGCCGGAAGCCGUCGAGGAGGACAUUCAAACAGCGAAGCGAGUCCAACAGGAGCCCGUCACUGCGAGGAGAUUCCCGGCCUCAAACUUGCCAUCUUUCCCCGAAUGCGACGAUGAAGUCCAAUCACCAAAGUCGCCCCAGGAGGAAGACCACGUGAAAGAGAUUGUGGUGGACUACGACCCGAGCUACGCCCGUAAACAGCAAGAGAUCUCUGUCUCGCACCUCGACCGUACCGAGGUGUGGCUCCGGGCACAGUUCGCAUAUCUCAGAGGCACCGGCUUCGAGACCACGGAGCCCGAAGCGGAGACAGAGCCAGAGAAAGCAGCACUCAAGAAAGUGGACUCACAACAAACAUCAGAGGACUCAGACAAGCUGCCAACAACUCCGCCCAAGGGAUCCGUGUUGAAGCCAGCAAUUGCUUCAGCCUCGCCAGCGGCCAAGAAGUCAGUCCGCUUUUCCUCUCGACUCACCAUCGCACCCGCCGAGGGUGACAUCCCAAGGAAUCUCCCCUCCAAGCUCCUUCGGCAGGAGUCGGCCUUCUACCGGGCUUUCCAAUCCAUGACCGUCCGGUCCACCCGCGCCGACGUGUUCGUACACCGGCUCCCCCGCUUCGAGGCCUUGCAAGCCGCACGCAUCUCGCUCCGCGAGCAGCACCGCGACCGUCUCUUGGGCAAGUACCAGCUCUCUGUGGUCCCCCAGUCCGCCAAGAAGCGCAUGAGCGCCAACGUCGCCCGCGGCGACGACGAGGUGUUUGAGGACCCGGAGAAGAUGCGCCUCGACAAGGAGGCCGAGGCUCUGAAGCAGAUGGCCAACGCCAACUGGCACGUCGCCGCCACCAAGAUGCUGAACGGCGGAAGACUGGUCUGCGCGCCGGUACACAAGCGCCUGGCAAGGCUCUCACUCGCGCCGCCCAAGGGGCGCGGUGGACCACGCAACCGCCUGCGUAUCCUCGACAUCGGCGGGCAGGCGGCCUGCGAUUGGGCGUGGCACGCGGCGCUGCAGUACCCAAACGCCAAGGUCUACACCGUGACGACCAAGGCGAUCCGCCAGCUGUCCAACUCCAACAUCCGCGGGCCGCCCAACCACAGGCAGGUCGCGGUCAACAGCCUGAGCAGGCUGCCCUUCGCGGACGACCAGUUCGACGUCGUCUCGGCCCGGGAGCUGCACAACAUCCUCCGCUCGUCGGACGUCCCCGACGCCGGGGAGGACGAGUGGGACCGGUGCCUCCGCGAGGUGAUGCGCGUGCUCAAGCCGGGCGGCUAUGUCGACUUCAGCGUCAUGGACUCGGACAUCGUCAACGCCGGCCCCCUGGGCCUCGCCAAGAGCGUCGAGUUCGGCUUCACGCUCAAGACGCUGGGCUACGACCCGGCGCCCACGAGGUCGUUCCUGCCCCGCCUCUCGCGCGCGGGCUUCGAGGGCGUUCGCCGCGGGUGGGCCGUCCUGCCGCUCGGGCCCAAGCCCGUCGCGAAGCCGGGCCCCAUCCGGUACGGGCCCAACGGCCCGGAGCCCUCGCCGCCCGCCGGCGGCAAGACGGUGUGCCUGGACGCCAUGGCGCCUGGGAGCCUGCCGGGGAGCACGGACGACGCGGCCGCGGUCGCGGGCAUCGCGGGCACGUGGAGCUGGGAGCGCUGGAUCCUGCGGUGCGAGAUGGAGAAGGCCGCCGGCGAGAUGCACAGCGGCUUCCAGCUCGCCGACACGGUGACGACGGACGGCGGGGCCAUGAGGGAGGCGGGCAAGAGCCUCGAGGGCGUGCACGCGGUCGUUGAGGAGGGCAGGGCGUGUGGGGCGGGCCUGCGCUUGCUGAAGGGGUACGCGAGGAAGCCUGAGAGGUCUGUCACGCAGGAGGUGUUGGACGCCCUCGAGAGCCUCGAUGUCACGGACUAUUAA